AUGCUCAAGGAGCAGCAGCGAGCUCCGGUGGAUCCCCAGCGGGGCGGGCGGGCGGUAGCAGGGCGGGUGGAUGCCAGGCCCUGGCUCCAGAGUCUGGCACCAGAGCGGCGUCAGAGUUCCCAAUGCUGUCCCUGCCUUGCGCUCACCUUCUUUGAGGAAACUGCUGCCAUCCGUGAACUAGGUAUGAUCUACAUCAUGAAGCUGGCAAUCAGUCAAAUCUCCCCUGGUUCCAUGGUAUUCAGCCAGUAUCUGAUGGCAGUCAUGAGAGUAUUUUGGAGAUCUUCAACAUUUUCUUCGGAUGAGUCGCUGACACAAAGUAAAAAAAAGCGUGUUAAAAAAGGAAAGCCUAAGAGAUCAAGAACCCCCAGUGACCAUGAGGAGUCUAUCGAGCAGCUGAGUGACGGUCAAGAGGUCACGUUCCCCUGCUCUGUCUGCCACCAAGAAAUCAACACAGCUGGAACUUUUCUCCAUAAGAAACAUCACAAUGCUCUGAGUAUGCUGGGUUUCCAGUGGAUGGGAGGGAAGAAACCAAAGCCCUCAGUGAUCAGUAUGCAGAGACAGUUUGUGAUUUCUAAACUACUGGCAUCCUUCAUGUUCAGUGAAAAAGUCCUUCAGAGUAUGAAUUAUGCGUUUGAGCUGCUUUGGAAAAAACAAGACCCAUCAUACUUCAGACUUUGUGAUAAGGUUGGCCACACUUCCAUGCAUUCUCCAAACAUCUCCCAUCUGGUGAUUAAAGGGGUAGCCAUCUGUGGCAACAGCAAUUCCACCUGGAAAGCUGACCCGAAUGGUAAAUUCACAGUCACGAAUGAUUUUGGUGGUAAAGCCAAUGUGUGCUUUUUUGGCUUGUUCGAUGGCCAUCAUGGCAGUGCAGCAGCGGACAUGGCAUCAAAGGAGUUCCAGGUUUUAUUUCUCCAUCAACUGUCUAAACAUGAUCCUUCCUACCAAAUGACAGCUGAGCAGCAGCAACUGAUCGAUUCCUUUCAGACUGUGUUCAGGGAAGAAUACAGAGCCAAAGAAGAGGCUAUCUCUUCCACAUACAAAACCUUCAGAACCCAUAGACGGGAGUAUGAGGAAAUACACAAAGGCUUUGCAAAGGCGUUUUGGAGAAUGGAUAGGCUUCUACGGCUCGGAAGGAAUGAGGUUUCUCGGGUUCGGUGGAGUGGCUGCUCUGCACUCACUUGUAUAUUAGAGGGUGCAGUUAAAAACCCAUAUACUAGUAAGGACUUGACAAAAACAGACCAGCAGGGUGUUGAGAGUUUUCAUUCCCAGAAGACCCCACAGAUCAUCUCUGGGGUACUACACAUUGCAAAUGCUGGUAACGUGCAAGCAGUCUUAUGCAGAAAUGGAAAAGGGUUUUGCCUGACAAAAGAACAUUCCACACGAAACACCAAGGAGAGAAGAAGAGUCCUUCAGAGAGGAGCAGUCAUCAGUUCAAAUGGCCUCCUGGAAGGGCACAUAAAAACCACCAGAGGUCUUGGAUUUCAUGGGAACCUCGCAUUGAAGAAGUUCAUUAUUCCAGCACCCCAAACAAUUUCUGUCCCUCUAGAUGAUCUAUGUCAGUUUCUCAUCGUAGCCACUAAUGGGCUUUGGGAAGUUCUGGACAAGAAGGAAGUCACUGCACUAGUAAUAACCUUGUUUCAUGCAUAUAAAGAUACAUAUGUUUCUGGCCCUAAAAACAAGUCCUGGCUAUCUAACAAGCCUCUUUCCCCAUCAGACAGUAACAUCCGAGUGUUGUUCCAGUACAAACCUGAAUAUGAAGAAGGUAUGUCAACUACGAAUCUAACGAAAAGGUCGUCUGAUUCAAUAUAUUCUGAAGCUUGCAUUCAUCAGGCUAAAAAUGCAGAAACAUUUUCUCCAGAAGGGAGUAAUUAUGACCCUUGCAGCAAGAAAGAAACUAACAGUUUACCCGAUAUAGACAGUAAGAAGGGAAGCAAGAAAGAACUAUAUGCUAAGAAUUUCUAUGAAGAUGCAGCUGAGUACAUUGGCUGUGAACUUGUAAGUGCUGCUUUAGAAGGUGGUUCCAGAGACAGCAUCACUGUUAUGGUAAUGUUACUCAAUGGGAGUGAGUAUCAGCUGCUGACAUAAAAACACCCCAAAGACCCAGAGCAGCAAACAGUACCACAAAGACUUCAGUGCUCUAGACUCUAGGACAGAUCAAUGACUGUGAGAUUCAUUCGUAAGAACAGGAAGAAAAUACAAAAGCUUCCAGUUACAUACCAUGUGUGUUAUGCUCACUUCUUUAUGUAAAGAGAAAAAAAAAACUCAUAGUGUUGCUUUUUAUACCACUUUAUUUCAACCUGAGCACCUCAAUAUAAAACUAAACACUGGUGAACUGUUUUCCUUACUAAUUUUGAGUUACUGUAAAAUGUACAAGUUCUGCUAGCAGAUCAACACUUAAAUAGAUUAAAUCAUCUGACACAUGGUAGAUUUCAUAUAAUGAAAAUACCUAAAAUAAUUAGUGCAAUAUACUGAUCAAAAUUAAAUGGACUUUGAAAAACAAUGUUUCAAGAUUAUUACUAAGAACAUUGUAAUACUUAUGUUACAAAUUGCAGGUACAGUGUUUAUUAUGGUUCGAGCCAUGAAAGAACAGCAAAGCCCCUUCCUUUAUAGGGGACAAAUAAUUAGCUGUUUUAGUAACUGUACAUUUUGUAUAUGCUUAGGUAAUUCUUAAAUAUUACAGAAAAUAAUAACAUGGAAACUACAAUGCAGUACUCUAUUUACAGUACAGCCGAAGAUCAUAUUUAAAAUCAAGUUUGAAUGUACAUAAUUGUUAGUGCACUGACUAAUCAUGUCCCUGCUCCAGACAGACCUCUAUGUUAUGGCCAACAGUGAUUAAAGAGAAAUCAGACACCUGGUUUGUUUCCACUUUGUUGAAGAGCUCACAUGAAGGGACCACUACCCAUUAAAAUGCAUUUAUCAGUUUUAUAUUCCUAAAACAAGAUGGGGUUACACAUGACUUCUUUUCAAUCAAAUAUUAAGAAAUAACAGGACUGAGUAAGAUAUCACUAAUAUUCAUUCUUUCUGGAGAUAUAGGACUGUUUUCUUAGGAUUAUUUUAUUAUUAUGUGGAAUGUACACUUUUUAGACAAUAGAAGAAAUUACCAUUUGCUUGGCUUCUGUUGCUAAGCAUAAAUAUUUUUAGUCUUCUAAAAACGUUUUUCUAAAGCUCACAUUAGUAAUUCUUUUCACACCUAUUAUACCAGUUUGAAGACUGGUUGGGUUAAGUGUGGGUCCACACCCACUAGAGAUAAAU